GUAUCAAGUGCAAGAGAUUUCCUCUGUAGCAUGUCUAGUUAAAGAUGGAAAUUCUCACUGUGGACCAGCAGAUUCCACUUCUGUGAGUGGAUUUGUCCUGGAAUGCUGAGGACUUGUGUAUACACGUAGUUGGAACUUCAGGACCUCCAAGUCAACUAAUGCAAGACUCUGUGCUAAAAGAUUGAAUAUCAACAAUGCAAGGGAUAAUCCGAUCUGUGGAUGCCAUCCUGGAGCAAGUAUGACAUGAGUUGCGCUGGAAACAGAAGAUAGAGGGAGUGUAGGAGCUCGCCAUCUCCAAGCGAUCUACAUUGGGAAAAACAUGGAGUCCGCUCCGGCAGCCCCCGAUCCAGCAGCCAGCGAGCCGGGCAGCAGCGGCUCCGAGGCGGCCGCCGGCGCCAGGGACGCCCCGGUGAACCUGGAGCCCGCCCGGAAAGGCGAUGCGCCGGCUCCGGUCCGCAGGCAGAGCUACUCCAGCGGCGGCGGCAGAGGUAUUUCUGUAACAAAGAAGACUCAUACAUCUCAAAUUGAAAUUAUUCCAUGCAAGAUCUGUGGAGACAAAUCAUCAGGAAUCCAUUAUGGUGUCAUUACAUGUGAAGGCUGCAAGGGCUUUUUCAGAAGGAGUCAGCAAAGCAAUGCUACAUACUCCUGUCCUCGUCAGAAGAACUGUUUGAUUGACCGAACCAGUAGAAACCGCUGCCAACACUGUCGAUUACAGAAAUGCCUUGCUGUGGGGAUGUCUCGAGAUGCUGUGAAGUUUGGUCGAAUGUCAAAAAAGCAGAGGGACAGCCUGUAUGCAGAGGUGCAGAAACAUCGAAUGCAGCAGCAGCAGCGAGAUCAUCAGCAGCAGCCAGGAGAGGCAGAACCACUAACACCAACGUACAAUAUCACCACCAAUGGGUUAACAGAGCUACACGACGACCUCAGUAAUUACAUUGAUGGGCAUACCCCUGAAGGUAGCAAAGCAGACUCUGCAGUUAGCAGCUUCUACUUAGACAUACAACCUUCUCCAGAUCAGUCGGGUCUUGAUAUUAAUGGAAUCAAACCAGAACCAAUAUGUGACUACACACCAGCAUCGGGCUUCUUCCCUUAUUGUUCUUUUACAAAUGGGGAGACCUCUCCAACUGUGUCCAUGGCAGAAUUAGAACAUCUUGCACAGAAUAUUUCCAAGUCUCACAUGGAAACUUGCCAGUACUUGAGAGAGGAGCUACAGCAGAUAACAUGGCAGACUUUUCUGCAGGAAGAAAUUGAGAACUAUCAGAACAAGCAAAGGGAGGUAAUGUGGCAAUUAUGCGCAGUCAAAAUAACAGAAGCUAUACAGUAUGUAGUGGAAUUUGCCAAACGCAUUGAUGGCUUUAUGGAGCUGUGUCAAAAUGAUCAAAUUGUGCUUUUAAAAGCAGGGUCUUUAGAGGUUGUGUUCAUCAGAAUGUGCCGUGCCUUUGACUCCCAGAACAACACAGUCUACUUUGAUGGCAAGUAUGCUAGCCCAGAGGUUUUCAAGUCCUUAGGUUGUGAAGACUUCAUUAGUUUUGUGUUUGAAUUUGGAAAAAGUUUAUGUUCUAUGCACCUGACAGAAGAUGAGAUAGCUUUGUUUUCUGCAUUUGUUUUAAUGUCAGCAGAUCGUUCAUGGCUUCAGGAGAAGGUAAAAAUUGAAAAACUCCAACAGAAGAUCCAGCUAGCACUUCAGCAUGUCCUACAGAAGAACCACCGAGAAGAUGGAAUUCUAACAAAGUUAAUAUGCAAAGUGUCUACUUUAAGAGCACUGUGUGGACGACAUACAGAAAAGCUUAUCGCAUUUAAAGCAAUAUACCCAGACAUUGUACGACUUCAUUUUCCUCCACUUUACAAGGAGCUGUUCACUUCAGAAUUUGAGCCAGCAAUGCAAAUUGAUGGGUAAACGUAUCACCUAAGCACUUCUAGAAUGUCUGAAGUACAAACAUUAAAACAAAAGAAAGGAAAAGAUUAAAAAAACAAAAAAGAGAAAAAAAAAGUAAAGAAAACCAAGACACUUUAUAUGGCCCUGCACAGACCUAGGGAGCCAACACACUGCACAUCUCUUGGCGGUCCGGGUCAGGCGAAGGAUGGGAAACAAUGAAACAAAGUUGAACUUGUUUUUCUCAUGCAUAUGAUUUCCAUUUUGCCUACAAAUAUGGACCCUUUUUCUGUCUCAACUUCUCAAUCCUUGACCUCUGUUUACACAGACUGAGGGUACUAGUAUCAGAAGGUUGCUUUCUCUCGUAGUUCACUGCCCAGACUUCUGACAGAACAAUCAAUUUGUUGAUCAGAACCAGAGAGUCCACCUAGUAAUCAGCGACUGGUGUGCAUUGCAGAGAUUUAAGCAUCAGUUUGCACAACUUGCUCAUUGUUUCAUGAAGGACGAUUUUUUUCACCUACCACUGUUUGCCAGUAGACAGAACGGCAUGAAAAGGGUCCAUAGCAAUAGCAACAAUAGCAUUAUAAUAUAUUACAGGGUAAAUGGGCAUGAAGACUAUAUAUAGCAAAAGAGAUAUUGUUUAUAUAUUGUUUUAAUUAAUAUAAAAUGUAGUUACUGGUAUAGCUUUUCUUGUUGAAUUGAUAAGGCACUUUCAUUUUGCACCUUUUUCUUUAAAUUAAAUGCUAGCGUGUUCAUUGUUGUGUUGCAUGUGCACCAGAAAUUCAAGUUUAACUGAAAAAGGUUUUUGGCAGGUACUGGUACAUUGGGAGGUAUUUAUGCUGCUGUUUUCCGUGUUACUUUUAAGGAGAGGCUGGUCAUAUCCUGAAACGGUUACACAGAUUUAAAAAAAAAAAAAGGAAAAAAGGAAAUUUUCUAAAUUAAAAUCAGAUGUUCAACUGUUCAUUUAGCAAGUAUUUUUCAUUUCAAAUCUUUCAAAUCUGGAUGUUUAAAAUUACACACCUAGAUUCUGAUUUAGGCACAGCAAAAGCCUCAUUUUCAAAGGUGCUGAGUUUCUGUGAUCAAAUUAAGCAAUUACAGAUCACUUACAGAUAGAAUAACGUGUCAUCCUUGAAAAUCAAGCCAGUAAAGUGCACAUCUACCCACCAUAAAUCCAGAUUUGAAGGUAUUUACUCAAGUCUGUAUCUGCAGUAAAAGUAUGUGUGUGACAUGUAUGUGGAAAGCCAAUUUUUAUACAUAAUGUUACAUACUUUUGUACUCUGUAUUGUAAACAAUGCAUUCAAAACUCCAAACUCUAUCCUAUCAAAAUUCAUAGGUUUAAUUUUGUUUUAAGUGAGAUUAGAACCCAUGUUCUUCAAACAUCCAGCAGUUCUAUUUAAAGUAGUUGAAUGGAGUGCUGACCAUUGCUCUCAUUAUUUACAUACAUGCACUUUAAAGUUUAACAGAUGAGGAAAGACUAAUAGAAAGUACCAACUGUCUCUGAGUAAAUUUAGCAGGAUUAGAAAUUAAACCAAGUUCUGAAGGGAACAGAUCCACAGUGAACAAUAUCACAAAAUAAACUGUGACUGUUUGAGCCAGAGGUCUGUAAUUGCUUUGGAUGAGAUGAGGAAAUACAACCAGGAGGCUUGUAGGCCUGUGUGCCUGUAACUUUCUGAUGAAAUAUGUUGCAAGGGGAAAAAAAAAAAAAAAAAAGAAUGUGCUCCACUGCUUUAAUUUCCAAAAAUAAUAAA